AUUCGACAACUUUUGGAGGAUUCUGAUUUCGUCGAGCGGUUUUGCCGGGUUGUGGUUCUUCCGCAAGAUUUUAAUAUUUGCUUCAGUAGAUCCGAUAUUUCCCAUCAAACGCAACGGAAGGUUGCCAGAUUUUGCGGAUGUUCACUGGGUUUCUUCUCUGUAUUUCAUAGUUCGAUCGGCAGUUUGAUCUGGGUGUCCUUUUGUUGCUCAUUUCAAGUUAUUGUGUAUUGGAGUUUUGGAUUGAAGGCUGCGACUUCCUUGUAAUUGGGUAAAGUUCAGGUGGUUUUUUUCUUCGACUUAUUGGUUGAUCUGUGCCCCAACCCUGGCCGACACUGUUGGAACUUGCAAUUAUUAAGAACUUCUGAUAGGUCAGCAGAGGCUACUUUCCGAGCUUUAAAUUUGGAAAUUUGACGUCUAGGAAUUGAUUCGUGUCCCGAGGGCGUUGUUUGUAGUUCUUCUGAGAUAAGGAUCAAAAUCGAAUUUAUAGAAUAAUUUAUGUCUUGGACAGAAAUAUGGCUACGGGUAUAGAUUUUUCACCUCCCUUCACUCUACUGGAAGGUGGCGGAUACAAUAAGGAAAAUGUAUCAGCCACAGAUGACGAAAGUUCUGAUAACUUUAAUAGUUUGAAACAGAUGAGCAGUGGGAAACCUCCCAGACACCUCUCAGUAAUGCGACAUAGUGUGAGCUCCAUAAAGCUCCUUGGCCAAACUGAUUUAAGCUUGGAUGCUGAAACUCUUGGGAAUAAGUCACCUGAUGGAAAAGCAGGAUACUUACCUGUCUUUAGAUCGGGUAGCUGUUCAGAAAGGGGACCUAAACAGUACAUGGAAGACGAGCACAUAUGCAUAGAUGAUCUUGUUGAACAUAUCCAUGCUUGUGCAGAUUUCACUUCUCCUGGAGCUUUCUAUGGUGUAUUUGAUGGCCAUGGGGGUACAGAUGCUGCUGCUUUUGUCAGAAAGAACAUCCUCAGAUUCAUAGUCGAGGACUCCUGUUUUCCAAUUAGUGUGGAGAAGGCAAUUAAGAGUGCUUUUUUGAAAGCUGAUUAUGCAUUUGCUGAUGCUAGUUCUCUGGAUAUCUCCUCUGGCACAACUGCUCUAACUGCUUUCAUUUUUGGAAGAACAAUGAUUAUCGCGAAUGCUGGGGAUUGUCGAGCUGUUCUGGGGAGGAGGGGGAAGGCUAUUGAGGUGUCAAAGGACCAUAAGCCCAACUGUGCGUCUGAAAAGCUCAGAAUUGAGAAGCUGGGUGGGGUGAUUUAUGAUGGGUACCUCAAUGGCCAGUUAUCUGUUGCACGUGCAAUAGGAGAUUGGCACAUGAAAGGUGCUAAGGGUUCUGCCUGCCCGCUGAGUGCCGAGCCAGAGCUGCAGGAACUGAGUUUGACGGAGGAGGAUGAAUUUCUAAUAAUGGGAUGCGAUGGGCUUUGGGAUGUGAUGAGCAGUCAGUGUGCUGUUACAAUGGCAAGGAAAGAGCUGAUGCUACAUAAUGAUCCUGAAAGGUGUUCAAGAGAGCUGGUAAGGGAGGCGCUAAAGCGCAAUACAUGCGAUAAUUUAACCGUUAUCGUGGUCUGUUUUUCAGCUGAUCCACCACCUCGGAUAGAAAUCCCUCCAACUCGAGUAAGGAGAAGCAUAUCAUUAGAAGGGCUGAAUUUGUUGAAAGGUGUACUGGACUGCAAUUCUUGAUUUUAAACGGGAGAGAUGCGAGAGUUGGUGUAUAUAAUAACAUUGGUUACGCAGACUGGGCUACGGUUUCUCCACCCGAGCUGCCGAUGCCCCUUAUCUAUUUGGCAUUGGAUGCUUUAACGAGGAAAAUAAAAGAGUCAUGUCGGAUUCGAAUUUUUUAUUUUUAUUUUUAUUUUUAUUUUAAUCUUUAUUAUUGUUCUUUUAUUUCCUUUUGGUAUAAUGUGCUUCCAAAUUCCGUGCGUGUACAGAUUAAUGUUGUACCAGUUGGGAACCCAAAAAUUCAUUUGUUUCCUAAUCUCCUCUUUUCUAUGAAGUUAGUGAGAAUUUUCGGAGCCA